ACUGAGACGACAUCGUUCUCUCUUUCUCUCUCGCACUGUUGCUGCUUGCCAUUCACGACGUUACCGCUGCGGUCACGAUGGACGCCUUCUCCUCGUCGCCGUUGGCGGAAACGUUUCCAAGCGGCCGUUUCGGCACGCCCGACGCAUCCCCUACGCCCGCAGAGUCACCAUCGCCCACAAAGACAGAGGUCGACUUCCCCGCAGACGUCGACCAGUCGUUCAACUCGUCCAUGUCCAUCUCGACAACCGGCGACUCUCCUCCCCCAUCACCUUCCAUGUCCAGAGUUCUUUCCCCAACACCGACAUUCAUCCUCAAGCCACCACGGAGACCCGAGCUCUCUGGACAAUCAUUACAGCUUCUCAGCAACGCCCGGACAAACGAGCCCCUUGGUACCCGUGCUCGCCCACUAGGGCCAGCAAGGACCUUUGGACGAGAGUUGUCCCUCAACACCCGGCCCCUCAACUUUGCUCAGCCUUCGUUUAGCGAAAAGGGCAAGAUGCUCCCUCCAGCUGUCCCAGAGAACAAGACUGCAGCGUCUCCCGUCCGCAUGCAGUGGACGCUGUCUCACGAAGACAUGAGCUCGCCAAGAAUCUCACUACCCCACAUGGGUCGCCGCGACUCCGCACCAACAUUAGAGUCACCACGGCAUGUCUCGACCCUCACCGACUCUAUGGACGUCGACUCUCCACGACGUGCCAACCAGUCCCCGUCCAUGGACGGGUCGCCGGGCCUCGGCUCGUUCUUCUGCGAGUCGCCAGCAGCACCCUCAGCUGUGCCCCCAUCAAAGAGGCGAACAUUGGUUGCUUCCUCCCCAGCCUCGCCUUCCAGCUCGCCUUCGACGAGACGCAACCGCCCGGACAAGGUGGUGUCCUCCGGAGCCCUUCUGUUCGGUGUCGGCUCGCGAGCGAACACUGUCGCCUCCCGCAGAAGCGUCCCUUACACCAAGCGGCCUUCGCUCACCCCAGUUGCCCCAGCCGAUGGGUCUAGGGCCGCAACGUCGACAUCUUCGGCCUACCCGAUUCUCUACGGCCCACCAAAGGGUUUCGGGUUGCCGCGUGGGGUCCCGACUAUGCGACGGGCGUUCUCUGUCUCUGAUCAGCACGCGACCGCCCCUGAGGGCAGCGAGUCUGAGUCAGAGUUUGAGGCGUCUCCAUCGGUCAACCCUACCGCUGCAGAGUACCAGCGCCGGUACGGCCCAUCAAGAGCCGUUCUCCCUCGCAUCGACGGAUCGCCAGGGCUCAAGGUAGCCAAGCCGUCGGCGAGUGGCGCCACGUCCCCUGUCCCACCACUCAAGAGUCCUUACGGCCCCGGCGGCUUGCCAGGCUUCGGUGACAACGAGGUCGACGGCAAGGUUCUGCCAUGCCACAAGGUCAAGGAAGACGGUCUUGUGCGCAUCACCCCGCAAACCAUGACCGACCUGCUCGCCGGCAAGUACGACGCCGGCAUGAAGCGGUACCACAUCCUCGACUGCCGCUUCGACUACGAGUAUGAAGGUGGUCACAUCGACGGCGCUAUCAACGUCAGAAGCAUGGAGCAGCUCGACGAGCUCCUGCUGACAGCAGCUUGUGGUGUCAACACCGACGGUUCGCUUCCUCAACCCAGCCGCAGUGGUCAAGCGGACGCCGCCCAGCAGGUUGUCCUCGUCUUCCACUGCGAGUUCAGUGCCAAGCGCGCCCCAACGUUUGCAAAGCACCUUCGAUCUCGCGACCGCAUGCUCAACAACUCGAUCUACCCCAAGAUCUUCUACCCAGAGUUGUACAUCCUCGAGGGUGGCUACUGCGACUUCUUCAAGAAGUGCCCCACGCGCUGUGAACCACAGUCAUACGUCCCCAUGGACGACCCCCGCCACUUUGAGCGGCGCAACUCGGACUUGCACGACUUCCGCAAGUUCAGCCGCACCCGCUCGUUCACCUAUGGUGAACUCCAGCCCGGACAACAGGCCUCUCGCGCCCAGCCCUGUCCUCCGCUAGUCUACGCCGCUGCCUCUGCUGCCACCUCACGCCGUGGCGGCAAUGGCGCGACCAUCACCGAGGAGCACGAGCCAGACUCGUCGUCGGGCUGCGAGGCUAGUCCCUGCCCACGGGCUCUCUCAAUGGGCCAGGCGCCCAUCUUUGGAUCUGCCAAGGGUCGCGCCGCCGGGCGCGGCCUCCAACGCUUCAACUCUUAUGCCGGAGCGUCGCUCUUCUAA